CUCAGGGAGGGGCGGGGUCCGGUGCGGCGGCCGCUCCUCAGCGGGCGCAGAGACCCUGAAUGAACGGUUUGAUGCUCUUCGUGUUCUGGAGCGAGCAGACACCACUGGGCUACACUGGCAUGCCACAGGGACAAAUGGAGAUGUUACUGGCACCUCCUCGAGGAAAUCAGUGAGCAACAGGAUGACAGUUGAUACAGGUGAUACUCACUUCUGAAGGAAAUAUGUUAAAACCUUUAUUCAAGAGGAGGAUUUUCUAGUUCCUCUUUGAAGAUUUAGUUAACUUUGUCUUUCUACAUUUGAGGUUCAUUUUAAAUAUAUACACUUGUCAUUACAAAAAAAGAGUAGAUUUCCCCUUUAAUAAUAUGUAUUAUGCAUUCUUGUUCCUAUUAAAGAUUUUGGCUUUCAAUUCUAUGUUGAUUGGUAUAAAUAUUGCAAAAUACUGCAUUCAGCAAUGUACAUGAAGCACUCAUACAUCAUGCAGUGAAGAAGAAACCAACAGAGCAAAGCAUCCACAGCACAGUUCUGCUGAUAAAGUUAUCCAGAGGUGCUGCUGUCUGUGGGAGUGGAAAUCAGGAUGAAGGCUCACCCUUGGCAGGGUCCAUAUAUAUGUUUUGUGGAUCUAAUUGAAGACUUUUAUGCAGCUAGCAGCACCUGAUAGGCUUCUCCUGUCUUUCACCUUUGGGAAUCUCAGGGCACCUGUCAAUGGCGGCUUUGUACCUGUCUGUACUGCCCCAGGCUGAGGUGACCUUUGAGGAUGUGGCCGUGCUUCUUUCUCGGGAAGAGUGGAGCUGUCUGGGCCCUGAUGACAGGGGCCUCUACAGGGAUGUGAUGCUGGAAACUUAUGGAAAUCUCAUCUCCCUGGGAGCUGUAUCUGCAGGUCCCAAACCCAGGGUGAUUACACAGUUGGAAAAAGGGGACGAACCAUGGGUCCUGGAUAUUCGGGGUGCCAAGGGGAGAGAGCAGCUGAGAAUCCAUGGCUCAGAUCAUGGAACAAGGAAUGAGUACAAGGAGUUGACUUCAGGGAAAAAACUUGCUGGGGAAGAAUUAGACCCACCCAGGGAAACUGUUUCCUUGAGAUCUGAACAAGAAGAAGCUCAUGAGCUUGUCAGGAAACCAGAGAAGAACACAGACAAGCUAGGAGAGCAGAGAAAACCCAGGGCCAUAACAAUGACCAAGGAUGAGGAAAGUCGUAUGUUGGGGUCAAGUCUUAUUCUUGAUCAGAGACCUCACAAAUGUGAUAUAUGUGAGCAAAGUUUCGAACAAAGAUCAUACCUCAGUAAUCACAAGCGUGUACACAGGUCAAAAAAAACAAGUAUAAUUAAUGAUUCUGGGGAAAUUGUCAGUGCUAAUUUAAGUGUUCAAGAAGAACUUAAAAUCCCUUCUGGGAAAAAGUUGCAUUAUUGUGAGUACUGUGGGAAAGCCUUUAGAUAUAGUGCCAACCUUGCCAAACACCAGCGGCUUCACAGUGAAGAGAAGCCCUACAAGUGUGAUGAGUGUGGGAAAGCCUUCAGCCAGAGCUGUGAAUUCAUAAAUCACCAAAGGAUGCACUCCGGUGAGAUCCCCUACCGCUGUGAAGAGUGUGGGAAGACAUUCAAUCGAAGACCCAACCUCAUGAAACAUCAGAGAAUUCACACAGGAGAGAAGCCCUACAAGUGUGGUGAGUGUGGGAAACAUUUUAGUGCCUACUCUUCUCUCAUCUAUCAUCAGAGAAUCCACACUGGAGAGAAGCCCUAUAAGUGCAGUGACUGUGGGAAAGCCUUCAGCGACAGCUCAAUCCUUAUCCGACAUCGUCGGACUCACACUGGAGAGAAGCCAUUUGAGUGUAAAGAAUGUGGCAAAGGCUUUACCCAAAGUUCUAACCUCAUUCAACAUCAAAGAAUCCACACUGGAGAGAAACCCUAUAAAUGUAAUGAGUGUGAAAAAGCCUUCAUCCAAAAAACGAAACUUGUCGAACAUCAGAGGAGCCACACUGGAGAAAAGCCCUAUGAAUGUAACGACUGUGGCAAGGUCUUUAGUCAGAGUACACACCUCAUUCAGCACCAGAGGAUCCAUACAGGAGAGAAGCCCUAUAAGUGCAUCGAGUGUGGGAAGGGCUUUCAUAACAGUUCCAGACUCAUCCACCAUCAGAGGUCACACCACGGAGAGAAACCAUACAAAUGCAGUGAUUGUCAGAAAGCCUUUAGUCAGGGCACUUACCUCAUCCAGCACCAGAGGAUUCACACUGGGGAGAAGCCUUAUAAAUGCAGUGAGUGUGGAAAGGCCUUCCGGCACAGUUCUAAUGUAUUUCAGCAUCAGAGGAUUCACCUUCGGGAAGAUUUCGCCAUGUGAUAGUGCAGGAGGGUCUGUAAGUCCUACUGUGUACUUCCAAGUAACCCACCCCUCCACUUUAUUUAUUGUCCACAUAGUGGUAUCACAGGGGACUAUUUAUUUAUUUAUAUAUUUAUUAUUUUUUCAAUUUAUUCAUGUUUUAAUUGAAUCUCAAUGAGAUACACUUUUACAAAUUUGUUGACAAUUGUGUUUUGGUUAUACUAUGUUUCAACACCCAUCCCUUCAUCAUUGUACAUUUCCCCCCACCAAUGUCCCCAGUUUUUCUCCUGUCCCCCACCAGUCUCUCUCUUUCUCUUUCUCUCUCUCUCUCUCUCUCUCUCUCUCUCUCUCUCUCUCUCUCUCUCAUAUAAUUAAAAGAAUACUUUUUUUCUUAAACCCCAAAGCAGAGUUUAUUUACUAUAGAGAAAUUGAGAAAGGUGAACAAUGAGUCCUUAUAAUCUUCCCUUUAAAAAAUACUGUUAAUUACUGCUGAUUCCCUUUCAGACACAGAAAAUACUGGAGCCAGAGCAAAGUACAUGGGUAGGUUGCUUAGUUCACCAACUUGUGUUCCCAGACAUCCCAUUUGGUACCCUGAGCACUACCAAGAGUGAUUCCUGAGUGCAGAACCAGGAGUAGCCUCUGAACACCCCUACAUAUGGCCCCCAAACAAAACAAAAAAUAAAUUAAAAUGAAAAUACUGUUAGGUUUACUAUUUAUUAUGUGGAGUUUCACAUUUGUCAUUGUUUCAAUAUCAGAAAAUUUACUCUGGACAGAAUUCUACAUACUUGUUGCAUAUAAAUUUUUAGAAGUGAAUGUAUUAUUCAUACUUUUCAGGGCCAGUUUAUAGGAUAAUUAUCUGUCAUACCGAAUUAAAAUAUGCACAAUAAAAUUUAUUGUUUUAACUAUAAAAUUUAGUAGCAUUCAGUAAAUUCACAAUGUUUUGCAAUCAACAACUACUAUCUCUUUCUGGAACUGUUUUACUAUCCCAAACAUAAUCUUUGUGCUCAUUAGACAAUAGCUUUCCAUUCUUCCCUUCUCACAGAUUCUAUUCUAUUCUAAUGUCUGUCUCUAUAAAUUUACCUACUCUAAGUACUUCAUUAAGUGAAAUAAUACAAAACUUUAUGUAUUUAUCCUUUAUGACUGACUUAUUUUACUCAGCAAAAUGUUAUUUUCAAGAUACACCUAUGUUGUGACCUGUUGUAAGAAUAUCAUUCUUUUUUAAGGUUGAGUAAUAAUCUAGAAAUGGCAUAUUCAUUUACUUAUGAACACUUUUGCAUAUUCCUACAUUUUCACCAGUAUGCAUAAUUAUUCUAUGGACAUUGCUGUACAAGAUCUGUUCUUUCAAAACUUUGGGGUAAAUAACUAAGAAUAUGAUUACUAAAUCAUAUAGUGGUUCUUUGUUUACCUAUGAAUUGUGACCAGAUUUUUCCACAGUGCACAUACCAUUUUACUGAUACUUUCUAUUAAUGGAAGCAUCCCAGACAUCAAGGCUUAUUAACGAUAUUUGCUAUUUGCUGUUGUUUAAAUUUUUUAAAGAAAUAAUAGCCAUACUAAUGACCAUGGAAUGGUAUAGAUCCUUAUAUUUUGGUUUCCUAUUCCCUUUUGUUUCUGUUUAGUUGAGAGAUGCUCUAUGUAUUUGACUUAGCAUUUUUCUCAUUCUGUGCUUUGUCUUUGCGUUCUCCUACUAGUGGCAUUUGAUAAACAGAAGUUUAAACUUCUUAUAAAGUUCAGUACAUCUUUUGUUGCAUAUUCUUUGAGUAUCAUA